GCUGUUUUUUCCCGAUAAAAAUAAGAAAUACGUAUGUAUUUGUGGCUGAUUUUUACCAAUGUCAGGGGUUUGCCUAAUGUAAAUUAAACUUGUUAUUUAUUUAUUUUUUUUUUGCUUUUAGAUGUCAAACGAAGAAACUACGAAUAGAACUGAUCCUGCAUGGAAGUAUCACAGUUUGGUAGAUCCCGCGAACACUAAUAAAUUGAAGUGUAAUUUUUGUGGCAAAAUAACAAAUGGCGGGGUUUUUCGGGCAAAAAAACACCUUGCGGGAGGUUAUAGGGACGUGUCAAGUUGUCCAAGAUGCCCACCCGAGGUAAAACUAGAGAUUCAAGAGUAUAUGGGAAAAAAGAAAACAUUGAAAGAGCAAAUGCAAAUGAUACCGGAUAUUGAUGAUUAUGGUUAUGGUAUGGAGGAUGAUGAUGAAGAUGAUGUUAUGGAGAUUCCGGUUAGGGCCACUGGGCGAGGUAAAUCUGUUGGAAGCAAUCAAGGCUCUGUUUCUAAACCUAUGCCAAAAAAGCCGAAGACUAAAGGGCCUAUAGAUGUAUUCUUCACACCUAAUCCAGAUGUUGUGGUGAAAAAUAGGAAAGGGAAACAACCAACAAUUGAUGCGAAUGACCCAUACAAGAAAGAAUUAAGAGAUCGUGCGAUAACGAGAUUCGCAAGGUGGAUGUAUGAUGCCGGUAUUGCUUUUAAUGCAGUUAAAUAUCCGAGUUUUGGGCCUGCGAUUGAAUCUAUUGGGCAAUAUGGCCCGGGCAUGAAACCACCAAGUUACCAUGAGACACGGGUCACCUAUUUGAAGAAGGAGGUGAUUAACGUAAAUACUUUGAUGAAGGAUCACAAAGAGGAUUGGGUGAAAUAUGGAUGCUCUAUAAUGGCGGAUGGAUGGAAUGAUAGGAAUCAAAGGAGCUUAAUCAAUAUUUUGGUGAAUUGUCCAAAGGGCACAAUGUUUAUCGAGUCCAUCGAUACCUCAAGCUAUUCUAAGGAUGGAAAAAGGUUGUUUGAACUUUUUGACAAGUAUGUGGAACUCGUCGGUGAACCCAAUGUAGUCCAAAUUGUCACAGAUAGUGCCUCGGCUAAUGUAUCGGCUGGAAAGUUUUUGCAAAGAAAGCGACCAAAUCUUUAUUGGACACCAUGUGCGGCCCAUUGCAUUGACUUGAUGUUGGAAGAUAUUUUCAAGAUACCACAUCUUAAGGCGGUUUUUGAAAAGGCCAUUAGGUUUAAUGGUUAUAUUUAUGCCCGUCCAGGCGUAAUUAAUAUGAUGAGGCGAUUUACCGGAGAAAAGGAAAUGGUGAGGCAUGCAAAAACAAGAUUCGCAACUGCUUUCCUCACUUUAUCUAGAAUUCAUCAACAAAAGAACAAUUUGAGGAAGAUGUUCAUUUCAGAAGAAUGGACAUCUAGCAAAUGGGCAAAGGAGCAGUUAGGCAAAGAAGUGGCAAGAUAUGUUAUGAUGGCUUCUUUUUGGAAUAAUAUUGUCUAUGCUCUUAAGGUCUCUGGUCCUCUUGUGAAGGUGUUGAGAUUGGUUGAUACCGAGAGAAAGCCUCCCAUGGGAUACAUCUAUGAGGCUAUGGAUAGGGCAAAAGAAGCCAUAGCCAAAUCAUUUGGUGAAAAGGUUGAAAAAUAUCAAGACAUCUAUGCUAUUAUUGACAAUAGGUGGGCAAUCCAAUUGCAUCGUCCUUUGCAUGCUGCGGGACAUUUUUUGAAUCCGGAGUUCUUUUACUCAAACCCACAAGUUGAGCAAGAUGUUGAGGUUAUGACAGGGAUUUACGAUUGCAUAACAAAGUUGAUUGCAGAUGAAGAGAUACAAAAUAAAAUCACUUCUGAGAUGACUAUUUACAUGAAAGCUGAGGGACUUUUUGGACUGCCACUAGCAAUUAGGCAAAGAAAUACAAGGGCACCAGCUGAUUGGUGGGUUGCAUAUGGUUCUACAACGCCUAAUUUGCAAAAGUUUGCGAUAAGAGUUCUUAGCCUUACAUGUAGUUCUUCCGGUUGUGAACGGAAUUGGAGUGUAUUUGAACAUCUCCAUAGCAAAAAAAGAAAUAGGCUCCAGCAAAAACGCCUCAAUGACUUGGUGUUUGUCAAGUAUAACAGGGCACUAAAACGUCGAUAUGAUAUGCGAGAUACAAUUGAUCCCAUUUCUUUGACAAAUGUUGAUGAAAGCAAUGAGUGGUUGCGUGGGAGGAUGGAUGGAGAAUCUGAUGAAGAUAAUGAGCAGGUGUUUGGUGAUGAUAGUUUAACGUGGGGUGAUGUUGCUAGAGCUUCUGGAGCGUUAGAGAGUUCCAAUGUAACUAGAGCUACAACAUCAAGAGCACGAGCAAGAGCAAGGAGUGCCACAUCCAAUCCAAUCCAAUUGAUUUGGUAGAUGAAGAAGAGGUAGGUUCCGAAGAGACAGAAGAAGAGGAGGAUGACGAGGGAUACAAAUCCGUUGGUGAAGAAGAAGAAGAUGAUGACGAUUUUCUUGGUGUUGAUAUGGAUGAUGAUUAGUAAACUAUAUCCUCCUUUGGAUGAUUGAAGUGCAACUAGGAAAAAUACUUGGAUGCUUGUCUUUUAUUGAUUUUGACGUUUUAGU